AUGACAGCCUUUGGCUUGGGAUCCCCCAGCGUCCCCCAGCAUCCCCUAGCAUCCCCUAGCAUCGAGAGCCAGCUAGCAGCGGCGCAGCUCGUGGGAGACCGGGCGUACACGUACGAGAACCUGCGCAAGUACUACGAGCACAGCUUCAACUUUGGCGGUGAGAUCUCGAGCGCCCGGCUAAGCAACACCACGCCCUCGUUCGACCGGGCCGACGUUGGCACGGGCGGCCAGGUCCCCAUCAGCUUCCCCCUCUUCGCCCAGAGCUGGAGCACGUGGGCGGCCAAGGGCUUUGAGGCAGUCGGCAUCAAGCCCAUCACCGCCCUGCUGCACGGCGAGCUGCUCGGCUCGACCUGGCAGAUCGAUUCGAUCGACUCCAGCACGUCCCCAUCUCGUACCAGAAAAAUGGAGGCUGCCAUCGCCCAGUUCAACGAGGACCGCACCGGCCCCCUGGCGAGCCCGGGAGGCGACUUUUACGCCGGCGAGAGACUGCCGGCGCAGCUGAAGUCCCGGCUCUCCAGCGAGACCAAGAAAGGCCCUUCUGUCCAGGCUACAGUUUACGUGCUGGCCGAGAAGAUCGCAGACGAUAAUAUCAAGAAUGGGAACUAA